UCUUUAUGUGAUUUGGUAUACGAAAGUUAUUCCAAGAAGUGUGAAAACUGCAAGGUGAAGGCAGAUUCCCUGGUUCUUAGUGUACUUCAUAUUUUGUCUAAUGCUAUUGGAAGCAUGAAUGAGGAGCAUGCACUGAAUAACGGAAACAGUGAUGUUGCUGCGAAAAAGUCUGUUGAUUGCAAUGAAGCUAUUGACCACUCUCAAACCAACAUUAAAUUUUUGUCGCCAAGCAAAGGAUGUAUUUCUGAAUUUGGAAGAUCCUACACUCCAACAGAGAUCUUGCAGUCAAGUAAUGGUUACUCAAAUGAGCAUUCACCUAACAAAGAAGUAACUCAACAUGUUGCUGAUGAUGGUACUUUCAAGAAAUCUCCCGAUUCUUAUCAUUUGGAAACAAAUGAACAGUGUUCUAUUGCACCUGUUGGAGAAUCAUCACCUGCAAAAUCUAAUGUUGACGUAAAAGCUGAUGAGGUGCCCAAUGUGGACAAUCAACUAGCUGAUCUUAUUUUGAGUAAACUUUGCAAACUUGUCCCUGAAAUUGACACUCCAACAAUUCUGCAAGCAAAACGAAACCUUGAUUCUGUUUCUGCCUCAAUCCCCGCUCCUAUUCACCCAAUGAAUAAGAAGUUCAAACCAGUCCACAGAAACACUCAAUACACGAAUUUGUUUGAACCCAAUAAUUUAUUUCAAUUAUUGGUUCCUGAAGAUGAAUGUUGCAACAAUAAUUCUACCAAUGACAACAGUAACAUUCAAAUUCACAAUAGUUCUUCCCCAAUGAAAACAAAGGACAUUUGUGGACAACAAUAUCAUACUGUUGUUAGCUCCCAAAGUACCAAGAAUACUUUCAUUAACCAAGCUGAGUUAGAAAACGAGAUAAUUGAUGUCGACUUGCAAUUUGAUCAUGUUUCCAAGAAUCAAGACUCUCAUCAUUCUGGUCAACACACGGUUCAUUCCAAAGUCCCUGCAACUUCAUUUGAUGGGAGAAAGGUUUCACCCCUAUACAUUUCUGAUUGUGCCAAUAAUUCACAAUCAACAAAAGCUGCCCAUGUUUCUCCUGAAGUGAAAUUUAUUUGUGAAAGAAAAUUUACUGAUAGAUGCAAUGAGUUAGGUAAUGUCGCGGAGCAGCUGUAUAACAACCGUAUCAAUGUUCAACAGAAUAAAUGUUUUGUAACUUCUAGCAAAGAUGGUCCACUUGCAAAACUUCAUUCUCGUUUGAACAAUGCCAAAUUUCCUAUGAAUACAAGCUCCUCUACUUCAGCAAUUCAUCAAUUUGUACAUGUUGCAAAGGUUUCUUCCCCUUUCGGCACAUCAUCUGACCGAUUCCCUGUAACACAAGCACAUAUUCGAUACUACAAAAUUCUGUGUAGUCUUGCACACAGUCAAUGGAGUGGUGAAGAUGCUGUUCAGUUCUAUAAAACUCAUGUCACUUAUGGCUCUCUGGGCGAAUCUGUUGAGCCUGCUGGACUUGUUGAUAAUUUCUUCAUUUCUGGCUAUUGUCGCAAGUUUUUUGAGGAUUGUCACCCAAGAAAAUCAAAGAAACACUAUUUUUUCACAUCCGUGGGGGAUUGUAUGCUGAGAUAUAAAACUGACUAUGAUGUUAAGACUGUAAAGAAGUCUUUUCUUGGUGCAAACUCUGCCCACAAACUUCAUCUUUCUCACAAGAUGUUUUUCCCGAUUUGUAGUGGUAAACAUUGGUUUUUGUUUAUUGUUGACUUGAGGAACAAGUUGUUUGCAUUCUUGGAUUCUAUAUUUGAGGAAAGCGAUGGGUUUCAAAUUCAAAUGAGGACUGCUCUUAUUAAUUCAUUCAAGGAAGCUUGGUACGAACAUGCAGAAGUGAAAUUGGAUUUAGAGGAUUUUAGAAUUUUUUACCCACCUGUUCCCAAGCAAGAUAAUGGUUAUGACUGUGGUAUUUUUGUAAUCAAGUACAUGGAGUUGUGGGAUGCAAAUUGUGACUUGACAACCAUGUUUAAUCAGUUCGAUAUUCCAAACAUCCGCGUCCUGCUUGCAAAUGAUAUUUUCUUUAGUACAAGAAAUCGCAUUCCCAAGACAUUAGUGCAAAGUUUUUGCUCACAGGAUCCUCGUAUAUUCAAAUAA